AUGUCGAAGCAACGAGUAUCGACCAGUUUGAAGGAGAAAAUUAAAAUUAUCGAUGAUCAUGAAAGAAGGAAGUUGUCAGUCCGUGACAUUCCGAGGGCGACUGGAAAACCUACCAGCACAAUUUAUACGAUCUUGAAGAACAAGGAUUCUUGUCGGAAAAGUUGGGAACCCGGUCAGCGCUCCGGCAAGGUGAAGCGUAUUGCUCAUUCCAAGUGGCCUCAGCUGGACAAAGCCCUGUUCCAGUGGGUUGUCAAGGCAAGGACAACUGGAGUUAAUGUUUUCGACGACACCAUCCAAACAAAAGCCCGAGAGCUCGCUGAGCAUUUCGGAAUAUCGGAUGAAGAGUUCUCCGCCAGCAGCGGAUUCUGCGAUAAAUUCAAAAAGCGCCAUCAGCUAUCGCUGAGAACGAUGGCUGGAGAAGGUGAACAAGCAGCUCGUUCCAAUGAUAUUCACGACUGGCAAGAUGAGGUUCUUUCUGGCUUACUUGAGGGAUAUGCGCCGAAGGAUGUCUACAACGCCGACGAGCCGGCCCUCUUCUACUGA